AUGGACUGGAUGAGGAGGCAGGAUAUCAAGGAGGAGUCACCGGAAACUCCUACUGCCCUGACACCGGAUGAGCCCGACGAGUGUUACUUCGACGAGGACACCUCGAUAGACGAAGGCAUGGGUCUGGACAAUGUGAGCUCGGCGACACUCAGGCCUUUCAACUCGGACAUCAACACACCAAGGAUCGACAGCUAUAGGUUCUCCAUGGCGAAUCUCGAAGAUUCCCAAGAUGUCGAUCUGGAUGCCAUCCUCGGAGAACUAUGCGCCCUCGAACGCCGUUGCGACGGCGACAUCGCCUCUACACCUGCGCCCGAUGCUCAGAGACAGGGUCGACCUAAUAGCACCAGGAUCACUGCUGGCGACAAUACCGAUAUCGGCAAGAACGAAGGAGCACUGCGAACCGAUAGUCCUGACAAUGACAGCGCGUUCUCGGAUACGGUGUCGAUGUUGUCCAGCGAGAGUUCCGCGAGUAGCAGCGGCUCCGGACACAAACCGCCUCAGACCGCUAUGCACACAGCCCCCCAACAACAACCUCAUCAACUUAUGGACGCCGCAAGCAGAGUCAAGGCAGAAAAAAUUCGGCUGGCAUUGGAGAAGAUGCGCGAGGCCAGCGUUCAGAAGUUGUUCAUCAAAGCGUUCACAUUGGACGGCAGUGGGAAAAGUUUGCUCGUUGACGAGGGGAUGACUGUAGCUCACGUGUGUAGGCUCCUCGCCGACAAGAACCACGUGCCAAUGGAUCCAAAGUGGGCUGUGGUUGAGCAUUUACCUGAUCUUUUCAUGGAGAGAGUAUACGAGGAUCACGAGCUGUUGGUAGAAAAUCUUUUACUUUGGACAAGAGACUCGAAGAACAAAUUGCUUUUCGUUGAAAGGCCAGAUAAGACCCAACUCUUCCUUAAUCCAGAAAGAUUCCUCCUUGGUCCAUCCGAUAGGAGUAGUGGAGAAUAUGAUGACCACUCUCGUAACAUUCUCCUGGAGGAAUUUUUCUCCAGCAGCAACGUCGGCGUUCCGGAGGUCGAGGGACCACUGUAUUUAAAGUCAGACAGCAAGAAAGGCUGGAAGAGGUAUCACUUCAUCCUAAGAGCGUCUGGCCUCUACUAUUGGCCAAAGGAGAAGGCUCGUACCGCGCGUGAUCUAGUUUGCCUGGCAACUUUUGACGUGAAUCAAAUCUACUACGGCGUUGGCUGGAAGAAGAAAUAUAAAGCGCCGACGGAUUUCUGCUUUGCCGUGAAGCAUCCCAGGUUGCAACAGCCAAAGUCCACUAAGUACAUCAAGUUCCUUUGCGCGGAGGACAACGCAUCCUUGGAACGGUGGAUGGUUGGGAUCAGAGUAGCUAAAUAUGGCAGACAGUUAAUGGAGAAUUACAGAACUCUCGUCGACGAACUGGCGCAAGAGGAUCUCGAUAUGCUUGCGCACGCGAGAUCGUGUUCUGUCAGCUCGAUCGCCGUACCGCCUCAGAAUCAGACUCAGUACAACACCAGCAACGAUAAUGCUCGGCAAUUUACGGAAAAUUCGAGGCACAGCGUCGAGAAUACCAACACCAGACAGUAUGAUGGUCAAAGGCAAAGUUACAAUUCUGAACAACGACAGAGUUAUAAUAACGAUGGAAGGUUAAGCAGAGCCAGCAGCUCGAGUUCCAGUGGAUGCCUAUCGGACGGAGCGCCAAGCAGUUGUGAGGUGGCUUUUGAGUGUGGCGAAUUUCCAACGGGAACGAUAAAAAGAAAACCCUCGAUGAACCCGAAACUCCCUCUCACAUCGAUCACGAGGCAGUUGAAAGAGGUAGGCGAGACCGUUCGAGAUGAGUCAGAUUCCUGUCCAAGUCCUACGAGUUCAGGAUCCGGUACGUUGACCAGAAGGCAUAGCCGAAGAAGGAGUGGCACCGAUUCAGACGGAUCUGGAACACUAAAAAGAUGGGAAAGAGCCAGCCCCAUGGGAUACAACAGAACCGAGAGUCAGGAAUCGAAAACGCCAACAAGCCCAAUCCCAUCAUGCAUGAUGGAUUCAAUCACUUCGUUACCUCCUCCGCCGUCACCAUCAAGAGUCGCCGAAGAAGGAGAGUCGGAUAACGAACCUCUUCCACCACCUCCACCAGAAAUGUUCCGAUCGAAUCUGUCGCUAGACUCAUUGCCACCACCUCCAGCACCUGGUGAACUCCCAGUGUGCAAUACGUCUGAACUGUCCGGUUCAUCGUUAAGUCUUGCAUCCCUUCCGCCACCACCGAGUCCUCUGGUAGGCGAAACCGGAACAAUCCGGCGUGCAAGGCCUAAACAAUCAACGCCUACGAAUUCCGUGACACCUGAGAACACGCCAACGCACACUCCGUCGAGGCCAUCGAACAACCAGCAGAUGUACAUGAACGCGAACAAUUCGUUACAGAACAACACGACGGUUCAGAACAAUCAAAAUUACACCUUGAACGCGCAGAAUGCACACCACGCGAACAAUACGUCAAACUCGGUGCCCUCGCCACACAGUUCCUACCCAGGAUCCAACGCAAGCACACCAACCUACGCCCCAAGUUCUCCAAACUUCGCUUCACCCCCGCCAUUCGUUGCUCCCCCAGCGUACGGUUCCCAGCCGCAGCAUGGCACCUCGCAGAGCCUGACGAGGCAAAACUCAAAAGUGGAGUCGAUAUACGGGACUCAUUCCCUUCCGCACAACGCGGUCCAACCGAUCAGGCCGAAUCCAAAUAUGGACACAGUGCGACGAAGUGCCAUGAAGCAAACCUCGAGUCAUUACGCAGCUCCACCUUACCUAGCGGAAUUAAAAGCGGCGUCCAGUCCUCAGCCUCAACGUAGGGUAACCAUUCAAGAGCCGCCAACGUCACCAAAGGCAAAAACAGGUACCGGCAAGAAGAUCACCUUCAAUCUACCUCCGCAACAAGAGCCAGGAAGUCCUGCCCUACCGCAAAGAAAACCAAUGCCACCGAGAAGAUCGGACAGUACGAGGCUGACGUCACCCAAAAAGCUUGCUGCGUCCGAUCAGGCUCCACCUGGUGAUUUCUUAAAGGAUCUCCAGAGAGUGAUGAGGAAGAAGUGGCAGGUGGCGCAAAAGUGUAAGCUUGACUCGACGACUACUCCUCAUGAGGUUCUUGGUUUCCGCGAUCCACCGCCUGCCGUGGCUGACUACAGGGAAACAAAUGUUUCGAAUUGGGUCCAAGAACAUUACGGAGCUGACAACCUUUACGAGAACGUUUAUACAACGGACCCUCACGCGCCAGUUGAGUACGCUUCCAGUCCAGCCCGGCAACCAACUGUCAGAUUCGCUGACGAAAAUCGUACCAUCAAUAUCGUAAAUGCCAUCGCGAACAAAAGAAGGCCACCUCCACCACCGCCAAAGAGGGCAGAGACCACACAUUUGACCACUACCAGAGCGAUGCACUGACAAUAGCAGAUAAUUCAGCCCCAUCCCGAAAGGCGAUGGUACUGCUGUCUGUGCAGGUGGUGGAAGGAUUAAGAAAGGGCGAGAGGAAAUUCGCUUUGUUCUGUGAUUUGGUCGCCGUUUCGAGGUCCUAGUAUCGAGUCCACACGUUGAUCGUCCUUUGCGUUAUCGUAUACCGGUUCGAUUGAAGGACGUCCAGGAAAGACAAGGGGGGGGGGGGAGUGGGGUCGAUGAUUAUCCUUGAAGAAACAGUCGGCUUUAUGUUCGCAUACGUCGCCCAGAAGUUUGCAUGGAAUCAGCUUGGCUGGAAAUCCUUUAUCUAUCCAACA